AUGUCCUCUCGGAUCGUCCAGCUUCCCUUCGACAUCCUCCAUCAGAUCGCGACCAAGCUCGACAUUAGCUCCUUUGAGAAGUUGGCCCAGACGUGCAAAUCGCUGCGAAAACAUCUGCAGAGUCAUCAGACAGCGAAGCACAUCCUACAGACGACAUCGCGUCACAAUCUUUGGGUACAACUCGCCUUGUACGGGCCCAGGCAAACCCUCGCUCGGAUCCUCGACUCUCAGUCAGCUUUGCAACGGGCGGAGCCGUACUCUGCCUGUAUUAUCGGAUAUGCGAGCAGCUUCUCGUACAACUCGGGGAUUCUAUGCUAUAUGACUGCGAACGCUCUUCGCAUUUUGAACUUCAAUGCCCGUCGAGACACUGAGAAGGUUUUUGACAGCGGCCUCUUCACCGAUCCAGCCAGACUCCAAGUCCGAGGUGUUACGGCGACGAUCCGGUCCAUUCAGGUCCAGAGCUACGCUGACGGCGUGGUGGUUCUGUUGUGUGAUUUAGGGCUCCUCGACCAGUGUCUUCUCGCUGUAAAGAUCGACCAGCCCAUCAGGAUCAAAAUGCGUGCUUGGAUCCAUGCCACUAACAAGCUAUUCGUCAGGAACAACGGCCAGUUUUUGGUCCUGGGCUCACACUCGGCCAGAAACGCCCAUAACCGCCGCGAGUGGCUGCUGGGCGUCUACAACCUGGACACGGGUAAGCCGGUGACGACACAGCCGCUACAGCUACGCGGCUUCUACGGCUCGGAGAUCGGCUCCACGGUGUGCUUCACGAUUCACGAGAACGAAUUCUACGCCGUCACAAGCCAAACAAGCUAUGAGAGCGAGGAAGUGGACUGGACGAGCUACUACCAGAUCAUCCGGUUCCGGCUGGAUGAUCCAAACCCGCAACUGACUAUCAAGCUCAUCUGGCGGCGACAGCACCUCGAGGGGCCCAUUAACGACGCCUGGAACGACCUAGGCUUUCAGGUCGACCACUCGACGGGCGAGCUACUAGUGGUCGAGGGUCGAAAGGAGUGGCUUAACGGCGGUAGCCAGUCGAUCCGGACGUACUAUACGCAACCCAUCCGGCGCGCCGACUUAAAGGACUUGAGGGAUGGGCUACGGCAUCCGCCUAACGACAGUCUCAGCCGCACGCUUGACGAGUAUAGUAACAGUCGCUGGGAGGAGCCUCUAAUGCGGGUUGACCGAUACGUUCACGCCGAGUUCCGGGCCGACGGCGGGGGCGGGCAGCAGGCGGCCACCAAAGAAUACGUCCGCGGUCGGACUAAGUGGAACGGGUACUCGUUUAACGCGCAGGCCUUCGUCGAUCUCGUGACGGACGAAGUAGUGGUGGAAGGCGAGUCGAAGCCGCAGCAACGCAUCAAGCUACGUGUGGCCAGUAGACAGGAACUCAGUCCGCUGGCGGGAGACGACACUACGACGACGACCGCCAGGGGUAGUUCCAUGGCUUUGGUGCUCCGCAAGAGCAGACGGGACCGCGAGGGCCAGGAGAUGGAGGACGGCGAGCGCGCCUUCAGCCCGAGUAGCGUGUCUCUCUGGCCACCAGACGACGCGCCCCAAGGCCUGCACGAGAUCCUCUGUCCAAAAGGCCGGGCAGGAGACGUCACGGCCGUGUUGGGAGACGAGGGCAUCGUGUAUAUGGCGGGGCCACCUCGCGAGCCGGGAUCAACGGAACGAGCUCUGGUCUUUGUCUGCUUCGAUCCUACGUUUGGGUUCCAGGGGAUGCACCACCUCGACGGGAGUCCUGCUAAGCCGCGAUCGGAAGAGAAGAAGAGGAAGAUAGAAUGCUACAAGCUUGACGAGAAAGGACAGUCCGACCAUAGCAGAAGUGGGAGCCAGAACCAGGGGAUUGAUUCUGCCCUGACAGAUCUUCCGAAGAAGCUGAAGCUCGAAGCUGGGUUGAAGCAAGAGCUCGAAGCGGGGUUGAGGCCAGAGCGGGAAGACGCAAUCUCUUCGCCGCACACAUGCGACGAGCAGGAAAUCAGCGUCCCUCAGGCAAGCGGUCUGGCGCAAGGAUCCUUGCUGGCGACGACCUCGAUCAUGAGUCCGCGUCCUGAACUGCCGGUGGUGCCGCCAUCUCCAACUCCAUUACUGCCGACGACUUUGGACCCCAACAGGCAGAGAAGCCGGGGCCACGGAAAAGAAGGUGAGAGGCCUGCAUCGAGGCGGGAGAAAGCAAUGUGCAUAUCCAUUCACCAAGGAUUUUGGACGCGUUAG